UAAAACUAAUCCAAGAUGGCGGCUGCUACUUCGGCACCGCAGAAGCGGAGCGGAGUGACGUCACGUCCCUUCUUGUGUAUCUUCUGCGCAGGCGCACGGCGCUUCCCUCCUGGAAGGAGGCCCCCGUAUAUAAAGAGCUCCCCGUCACUCCGCGCUGCUCCGCGGUCAGUGCUCGCUCUUCUCCCGGCCUCCUCUUCCUGGAGCCGGCUGCUCCGCCCCGGGGCUCGUUUGGCGGUAAAAUCAAGUGCGGACACGCAGACAGACAGAGAGACAGACAGACAGACAGACAGGCAGCAGGAACCCGCAGACAGUAGAGUCAUGCCGUCCAACGUGGAGAUCAAAGCCAGAGUCAGCGACCGGACGCUGUUCGCUGAGAAGGCCGCCCAGCUCAGCCAAUCAGAGGGCACGAUCAUCAGACAGCACGACACGUUCUUCAACUGCAGCCAAGGACGACUGAAGCUACGAGACUUCAUGAACGAGUCCGGUCAGCUGAUCUUCUACGAGCGUCCGGACACUGAUGGACCCAAACUGUCCCGAUACUCCAUCAGCCCGACCAGCGACCCGUCCAGCCUGCGGGCCGUGCUGUCGGACGCCCUCGGGGUUAAAGGUGAGGUGCGGAAGGAGCGGCGGCUGUUUCUGAUUGGUCAGACUAGAGUUCACCUGGACACAGUGGAGGGACUGGGAGACUACAUGGAGCUGGAGGUGGUGAUGCGUCCAGAGCAGACUGUCGAAGAGGGACAGCAGGUUGCCGAGGAUCUGAUGGAGAAGCUGGGAGUGUCGAGGGAGAGUCUGGUGACCGGAGCGUACAUGGACCUGUUACUGAAGGGACACAAAGAGACAUAAAGGAACUGUAAUCAGAUUACUGAGUAGCUGAGCUGUUAACUUUGUAUUUAGUUUCUAUGAAAUGUUUCAUUUACGUUGUCUGAAUGUUUUUUUUUUAAUAAAUAAACGAACUCUGAUCAAACAGCA